ACAGUCUGCAGGUGCGCGAGGCAGGAAUGGCGGCGACCCUGACGCUGUACCCAAGCAGCCGCUGCCGUUGGGACCAGCCCGUACGCAUCGUCGUGCGCGGCCUGGCUCAGAGGCAGCCGGUCACACUGCGCUCGUCCCUGCGUGACGAGAAAGGCACGCUCUUCCGGGCCCACGCGCGCUACUGCGCUGAUGCUGGCGGCGAGCUGGACCUGAUGCGCGUGCCAGCCCUAGGCGGCAGCUUCGCGGGGCUCGAACCCAUGGGGCUCCUCUGGGCCCUGGAGCCCGAGAAGCCUUUUUGGAAGUUUCAGAAGCUGGACGUGCAAACGCCCUGCUUCGUGGAGCUGGAGGUGCUCGACGGCCACGAGCCCGAGGGAGGGCGUCUCCUGGGCCGGGCGGUGCACCAGCGAGACUUCCUUGCACCCGGGGUGCGGCGGGAGCCGGUGCGAGCGGGCCGGGUGCGCGCCACGCUCUUCUUGCCGCCUGGACCUGGACCUUUCCCCGGAAUCAUUGAUCUCUUUGGUCUUGGAGGGGGCCUGUUGGAAUAUCGAGCAAGCCUUCUGGCUGGCAAUGGCUUUGCCACAUUGGCUCUAGCUUAUUGUGACUUUGAAGAUCUCCCCAAUGCAUUCGGCAACAUAAAUCUGGACUACUUUGAAGAAGCCCUGUGCUACAUGCUUCAACACCCCGAGGUAAGGGGCCCCGGUAUUGGCCUUCUGGGCAUUUCUGCAGGGGCUGAUAUCUGUCUCUCCAUGGCCUCAUUUUUGAAGAACAUCUCAGCUACAGUGUCCAUCAAUGGAUCUGGGUUUAGUACAAACAGAGCCAUAUGCUACAAGGAGACUCAUGUCCCACCGCUGGGCUACGACGUGAGGAAAAGCAAGAUAGUUUUCUCAGGCAUCCUGGGCAUUGUGGAUGUGCUGAAUGAUCCUGUAGGAAAGUGUGAAAACCCCUGCAUGAUUCCAAUAGAGAAGGCUCAGGGACCGAUCCUCUUCAUCGUUGGUCAGGAUGACCGUCACUGGAGGAGUGAGUUAUUGGCCCAGAUAGCCUCUGAACGGUUACAGGCCCAUGGAAAGGAAAAACCCCAGAUCAUCUCUUACCCUGGGACUGGGCAUUACAUUGAGCCUCCUUACUUCCCCAUGUGCCCAGCUUCCCCGCACACAAUAAUGAAAAAGCCUGUGAUGUGGGGUGGGGAGCCCAGGGCUCAUUCUAGGGCCCAGGUAGAUGCUUGGAAGCAUAUUCUGACCUUCUUCUAUACACAUCUUGUAGGUACCCACAAGGGACCUUCUCCCAAGUUGUAGUGCAUUGGUCUGUGGUUGACAUGCGAGAUACAAGAUCAGAUUCUAGUGUUUAAUAAUUGUAUGUGAAUAAAUUGUCCCCUGAAUGAUAUCAAAUUCCUGUCAUUAGUAUUAAUGAUAUAUUUUAGGUAACUUUUUAUUUUAAAGAUUUUAUUAUUUUUAGAGAGAGAGGA